AUGAGCUACCCCAGUGCUGGGAGUAAAGAUAACGGCAAUACGCCCGAUGCAUUCCUCACAGAGCAUUUCGAGGUCCAGAGUCCCGGAAAGAGCCUUCCAGAGGCACCAACUUAUGAUAGAAAUGAUGGAGCCUUGUUACACGUGGCAAGUCAUGACACUGAGAACCGCAAAGGAAAUGGUCACGCCUCGCGCGUUGGCCAAUGCUCCUUGAACAAUGACCUCGGACUUGAAAUGCCGACCUUGAUUUCGUCUUAUAUCCCGCCGCUUCCCAUGUCAUGCGCGAACUCAAUUCUACUUUCACGUCAGGAUAGACUAUAUCUAGAGUAUUUUCCCAGAUCUUCAUUGGUGAAAGUUCUAGGGAAGACAUAUACUUGGAGCAACUUCAGAUAUAUAUGCCAGAACAAAGCUUCGGAGGAGGCCAGUGUUAUGUAUGCGGUCCUGGCGUUGUCCGCUAGCGAAAUGAACCAAAGCUUAGAGCUACCUCAUGCUCAAUACAAGGGCAAGUUCUAUUACAGCCUAGCCUUGGAAUGCAUCGCAGAUGCCGUCAAUAAUCUGACAUGCAAAUCAAACAAUAUGGAAGCUAUCCUUGGGGCUCUGUUCCUAGUUAUCGCUUAUGCAAGGAGAUUUGGCUCGUCCUUGUCUAACUUACAGACACAUAAUCAGUGUCUUUUGAAUUUUCUGGAUAUAUUUCGUCAACCUUCUGAAUAUGGCCCAGAUCAUUCAAUUGAUUUAUCAGCAUACCCUUCUUUCACGCCAUUUUGCGCCCAGAUGUUGUUAUGGAUUUUGUAG